AUGGCUACUGCAACAUCGAAAAACUUUUUAAAAAGUAAACCACCAUCAAUUGAUGUUCAUCAUGAUUAUCCAACAACUUCAUUAAAUACAGAACAUUUUAUUGAUGAAAGGUAUCCAACAACAUAUCUUGAUACAAUCCCAUCAUUAAUGCUUGAAUAUCCACGAUCGAAACUUAAUAAUCAACCAUCACGUUCUCGUCAUAGUCUUCGUUUUCGAACUCAACCUGUUACUUUAACAGAAAUUUACGAAACAGAAGAAGAAAAUAAUAUUGAAAAUGAUAAUCAACAAGAAUCAAAAACAAAAGUAUGCAAUAAUAAUUACAAUCAUUUAGGACAUUGGACUUUAAUGGAUAAUAGACAAUGCACAGGAAGGAAAAAAAUGUCAUUAAAAUAUUUUCUUAAACAACAACCACUCAAAACAACACAAGAAGAACUUUGUGAAACAGAUGAGAAUUAA